AUGUUCCCGGCGCCCGAGUUUUAUUCGAGGAGGAGGAGGCGGUUGGACCUGCAGGCGCCUUCCGGGAUGGAUCAAUUGGGAUUACAAUUAGGGAUGUGGUACUGGAAAGAUGAAACCAGAACUCUUGAAUUCAGAAGUUUUACAUCUUCAGUAGAGCUCAAGGAAAAAGGAAAGAAAGGCAAAGCAGUUCACUUUGCUGAAGUUGAUGGCCCAGCUUCAGACAGGUUGACAGAUAAAAGGUCUGCUACAAGAGAUGAUAAGUCAACUAAAGCCUUAGAGAAACGAGGUCAGCAGGGCAACGUUACACUGGAUGAUGUUAAAUUUGUUGCUUUGCUUUUGCUUCAAGAUACUGAGAUGCAGCGGAUCUGUUCUUUUACAACAUUUAUGAGGAAUAAGAAUCUUGACAAUUUCCUCAUGGCAUUAUUGUACUAUUUAUCUCAUUACUUGGAAAAAAACUCUUUGGAAAAGAAACCCAAAAGCUAUAUGGUGGGUCUUGUAGAGAAGAAAGAGAUGGAAUUGGUUUUGAGUAAGUUAGAAGCAGCACAGACAUACUUGGCGCAGCAGUAUUGUGUCCUUGUGCUGGGCUUGGGCAUGCCUGAUAAACAUCACAUGUGUUGUGGAAAGGAGAAAAUAUCAGAUACACAAAAGGAUUGGAAAUUUUUUGAGUCCUUUUACACCUUCUGUACAUAUGUGGCUUGGAUUGUUUUCCGACGUCAACACUUCACAGAAAUUGAGGAAGAAGUAGGGAGGCUCUUUCGUACCAAUAUGUUCAACAUUCCUCGAAGGAAGCGUGAAGAUGAAGAAUCAGGGGGGGAAAAGAAACGCAUGACUUUUGUACAAUUCAGGAGAAUGAUGGCAAAACGCCCAGCGAUUAAAAAAGCCAUUAACAUGCGCUCUCCAGUCAUAUCUACUCUGCUGCCAUCUCUCAGAGAAAAAGCUCAGAACAUCACUGAGAAAAAGUAUCAUCAAGCAGGCUUCAAACUUCCAGCCCAGGUGCAAAAGCACAUGGAAAGUCUGGACUCUGUGCCCAUGCCAGUAGUUGGCAUCUUGGGGGAGCCUCGAUGUCUAUUCAAUCCCCAUACCCUUCUCCCCCUUGAACCAGAAGAAAACAUGAAAACACCUGGGAGACGUCCUUCCCUGAUAGAAAGAAACAACAUGAUGAUUCAGGACACACUGGACUUAGUCAUGAGAACACUCUCUUCUCAAACAACAUUCCCUAAAUAAUCUGGUAUAUUCCAUUUCUAUAAUGAAGUCCCUGUAUUUGAAAUAAACUACUUUGACUUAACCACUUUAUAGAGAGCUAAUAUUUGUUGUUAUUAUCAAGCUUUUAGAAUUGUUCAAAUUAUUUUGUUAAAAGUUCAACAGUAGACUAUUAAAGACUCCCAGAAAGUUCUUGAAAAGCUUAUUUUCCUGUUUUUAGCAGUUUUCUUUGUUACUUAUUUACUUCCUUGAUUUCUAUGUGACUAUUUAGAGUAAUGUAUUAGAAUAUUUUGCCAGUGUUCUAGUGGACUAGUGAAGAAACAUUCUGUUUAUUCAUCUCUAAGUUCAUUUUUGCUUUAUGGGAGAACAUCUUUGGUACAUAUGAAAACAAAAUUUCAUAAUCAAAAAGGCAAAUUAAAAUGUUUUUAACAUUAAACCUAUUUCUAUGAAUACAUUACUAUUGGUAUUGGGAUAUAAAGUAUAUCUGAUUAUUUUAGCAUAUAUGUUUCAUUCUUUUUUUUUAUUUAUUCAUUUAACAUAAAUAUAUAUUAAGCCCUACUCCAUCCAAAGCCUUAUGCUAGGUUAUUGUCAAGCUCUUACCUGCCCGUAAUCCUGCCAACUACGCCACCUGUUGAGCUAGGGCUAGGUCUCAAGCUCACAGAGCCCCUAAGCCCAUUGUCCAUACUGGGUCACAAACCCUUCACAGGCCAGGCUGGAUCACCAGACCCCUCACACACAGGUUUAUGAGCUAGGUAACCAGCAAAAAGAUCCUUGGAGCUAUAGGUUCUAGAGCAUGGCCACACAGGGCGGAUACCCAAAGCAGUCAACGCCAGCCAAGGGGUGGCGCUGUGCAUAUGCACUAACUUCACCCACACACAACUUAUUUACAAAGAAUGUGCCGCACCACCCCCAACUGGACUUAAGGCAAGGAGGCCUGAUUAAAUUAUUCCAUUUUCCCAAAAGUUAUGUAGAAAAAAAAGAUCAUCAUGACAAAGACCAUAUCCUCCAGGUCUGUGUGGUAGAGAAGAUAAAUAAAAUACAAACAUAAUCACAACACAAUAUUGAGUAUGUUAAAGUCCACGAGAGAGGUAAACACAAAGUGCCCUGAGGACAGAGCAGUGAGUAAUCAUGUCCAGAGGGGAUGAGGAGAGUUCUUAUUUGAUUUUGGCUUUGAAGGGAUUGGGUGGCACUGAAGGGAGACUUGCAGUUAGAGGAAGAACAUGUGCAGAGGUACAGAGAUGAGGAAGUGUGCCCUGUGACUGAGGAGCAAUAAGAGCACAGCGUAUGCACUGGGGUCAGUAGGAGGGCAGCCAGGCAGGUCAGAUGGGCCCUGAAUGUCCAGCUAGAGAGAGAGUUGGCUGUUAAUUUGGUAGACAGUUAAAGUUAGGAAUCACUAAUAAAGCCAGUUCACUAGAUGGAAUACAGAGCUGCUCGUUACAUAAUAUUAUCAUUUCAAAAUUCCUGUUCUGGAAUGGAGUAUACUCACCUAAAACAAUUGGACCGAAUUUGCCUUUCUGUGGCCGCAAGUUUAUCCUACUUCAAAAUCCUUUUAGCAUUUAGCUUCAUAGAAAAAACUGGUCACCUGUCCCAGAUUUAAUAUCAAGAGCCGAAGAUCACCAGUUCCAACCUAUUGAUGAUGUGGGGCAGCUUCUGCUGAACACGUGCACUCUGUCUUCAGUCUCUCAUCCUAUAUUACCCAGGCCAACUCCUGCUACAACUCCUGUUAAAACCGAUAAGUUUUCAUCAAAAUCCUGGACUGUCAGUUAACCCUUGUUAGGCUUUUCAUUUAUGUAGAGAAUUUGGUUAUAACGUACUCUGUCAUAACAAAUAUUUAUCUAGAAUAUGUUGACAUGGUUUUGUUUUGGUUUUGGCUUUGGUUUUAUGAUUAGAAUUUUAAAAAAUAAAGCCUGGGAAUUGUGAGACUUUUGUAA